AAAGAAUGAUACAUGGCUGGUGAUGGAUUAAGUUGUGUCUCCAUCUUGUCGAUCUGUGGUUGUGUUCUGUAACAGCCGUAACGAUUUUCCAGGGAGUUUUGUAAAAUUAUAAGAAGCUGAAGCAAAGAUCCAUCAACGUCAAAUUCCGUCACCGUCACGUGAGGUUACCAUGAGGUCAAGGCCAGCUACACCGUGUACCCCUUUAUCUCUGUCCACGGAACACCCUCUGACAAGGAGGUCGCGCAGCACUGAACCCACAGCGCCUUACAUCACCGAGGAAUAUAAAUACAGGAAGACGCGGCACCAUUUCCAACGCCUCAUCAGCGAGAAUACGUCCUGUGUCAUAAAAUGCGUUGUGGUUAUCUCCCUUGGGCUUAACGUUAUCGCUAUCCCAGCCCUGGUCGGCGUCGUGUUUGGUCCCGUUAUGCACGGGUUAUGCAACCCCGAAGAGAACUUGUCAAGCAACGUAUGCCUACCCUGUGGAGAGGAUGGAGUACCCGGGGUGGACUCAAGGCGCACGGAGAACGGGUUAUGCUGUGUGAAAUCAUCUAACCAGGAUUUGCAGGCUCUUCUUCAGAAUAAACUUAUCCGGACCUCUCCUCUUCUCGACAAUCGUCACAAAUGUGAACCAGAUGGAUCGGGCAACAGGAGGACGAAAGGACGGAAAACACCCAGACCUCUCACUCUUGGCAGGCUUGUAUUAGACGUCAAGGCGACCAAACAUGACAAAGAGUUCAAGUGGUUGGAAGAGUACCCACAUGGCCUCGCUUUCAUUCAAGGCGAUCUGUCAUUUGACGGAGGAUUGUUUCAAGUGUUGAAAGGUGGAAUAUUCCGCAUCCGGAGUCAUCUCAGUUUUGACACUUAUCUCAACAAAUUACCGAACACAGCUGAUCACAUACAAUAUCACGAUGUCUUGAAGAAGCUACCCACUGGCUUUGAUGUUUUAAUGACGGAGAAAGUAACCAUCAAAAACCGGACGUACCUGUCGUCUGACCUUGACCUCACAAUUAAAUUGCGCGCGAACGACAGCGUGUGUGUACAUGUGAACACCUACUCGCUACUCUACAAUCUCCCAUUAGCCAAUACCUUUGAGAUUGAGAGAAUUUCGUCGUCUUGAGAACAUUAUUAGGAAUGCUUGAAUGAGUUAGUGUGCGCGCGCUCGUGUGUGAACUUAACCAUGGAAACACAGGAGGGCCUUCUCCAUUAAAAAAACACAUGAUUCGAUAGUGAGUGAGUGAGUGAGUAUGGUUUUACGCCGCUUUCAGCAAUAUUCCAGCAAUAUCACUAGUGGGGACACCAGAAAUGGGCUUCACGCAUUGUACUAAUGUGGGGAAUCGAACCCAGGCCCUCGGCGUGACCAGCGAACGCUUUGGCCACUAGGCUGACCCACCGCCCCCAUGACUCAAGAGGCUACCCAACCUGUCUUUGUUUUUAGCCAUUUCUGCGGGACUUUUGACCUGCUGAGAGGGACAAAAAAAUGACAUGCGUAAGGUAUCCGUGCUGUCUGAAUCCUCUAUUGCCCAUCAGGGGCGGUCGGGUAGCACAGUGGUUAAAGCGUUUGCUCGUCACGCCGAAGAUCCGGGUUCGAUUCCCCACAUCGGUACAAUGUGUGAAGCACAUUUCUUACAAUGAGUGUUUGUUGUUUAACGCCGCACUUAGCAACAUUCCAGCUAUAUGACGGCGGUCUGUAAAUAUUCGAGUCAGGACCAUGAGCAAAACCCCAACCGUGACCAAUUAUUUAGGCUUUAUCGUGCUAUAGGGCAAUCCAAUUGUUUUUCAGCAAAGGGGCGCAUUUGUUCUAAGAUAAAAACAAACAAUUCUGUGUUAAUGACGGGUUUCCUGUAAAAAAUAUGGGUUUUGAAAACAGAUUGAAUUGCUUGACGUAUCCUUUCGUUGGAAUGAAUUGUUUAUUUUGAAAAUACUGACUGAAAAAAAAUCUGUCUCUUAAAAAAAUCGAGGGCACUGGUGGCCAAAUCGUGAGAUUUUGUAUCAAGGUUGGGUAUUUUUCACGAACAGCUACAAAACCAGAUAUGUUUUAAUUAUAACUACAUGUAUUAGGAUGAAUAGUGUGAAAAGAAAAACACACUGAAAAACUUUUCUUUUUGUGGCAGACAAUUUAUUUUUGUCAACAGUCUGAAGCAUAAUUAUUUUUUUUCAAGUGUUUUCGGGGACAUUUUUUUCCGAUAAAUUUCCGGCUCUUGCUCCCCCGUCCUAGACAUCUACCAGCUUCCAUUGUAGACCAUCCAACAACAAAACCAUUUGACAAUAUAUGAACCAAUAAUAUGAAGAAUAUACAAUGUAUUUUAUAAAACACAUCAGCUAGAAAUUGGAAAUUUAAAUCAAUGAAGUCGAAAGUGGUCGGUUUGUAAUCCUUGUAGACGGAUUGCUUUGUUUGUCAGUGCAUGUGUUAUAUACUGUGUGACAUAAAUAUGUCUUUCUUGAACCACAAUCUCUACAAGGUGCUUGUCACCAGUAUAUAUACCUACUUUAGUGAUGGAUAUUUUUUUAUUUAAGACGGGUGGUCACUGUGAUAAAAAAGGGCGGAAUGAACAAAUUGAUACUGCCAAUACUACUCUUUUACUGUUGCAAUAAGAUGUUGUUGUUAAAUCGAGUGAGUGAGUGAGUUGAGUUUAACGCCGUUUUUUAACAGUAUUCCAGUUAUAUCACGGCGUGUCAGCUUGAUGUGGGAGGAAAGCCAGAAGUGA